GCAUUCCCGAAACUCUCAUCGUCUCCCGAAACUCUCAUCGUCUCCUCUCUGUCUCUAGGGUUUGGUUCCUACAGCCUCCGUAUUCAUGUUUUCUCCCGACUCUCUCCGAAUUACUUCAGGAUUCCUCUGAAUUCCUAUCAAAAAUCGCUCUUCUAUAUAAGAUUUAAGGGUUUCCCUGAUUCCAAUAAUGUUUAUAAUCUCUUCCGCACCAUUUAUCGUCUCAAUCAUUAUCGUCGAAAAUCUUCGCGUUUUUGGUCCCGGUUUGAGUCCUUUCGCUCCGUAUUGCAUUGCUAAUCACUGCGUUGCCUCUCGCUAAAUUUCUCGCGUACUUCCUCUUCAAAAGCAUGUAAAUUUUGUCCCUCGUCAUCGAACUACAAAGCUUGAAUCAGAUUCCUGCAGGAUUUCCCUUCAAAAUCAUGUAAAAAGUGUAGUCUGUUUAUUGUCCUUGUUCGAUCUUCAUCGAACAACACAAAUUUCUAAUUAGAGGGUCAGUUCUUGUGAUUUCAGUGAAAUUCCGGAUAUUUGUUUGGCUGUUCGAAUUGGAUUUUUGAUAAUUGGGUCAUAUCAGAAAAGAUGCUCCAAGACCAGUCAGGUUCGGCUAUUUUGAGGAGGAGCUUGUCAAGGCGGCGUUCGUUCAGGUCUGGCGCUGAGAAGGAUGAUCGAGGAUGGACUCUGCUUCAUAUUGGCGCUCGGAAAGGUGAUAUCAAAGAGGUGAAGCGGCUUCUUGACAAAGGAAUGGAUGUGAAUGUAGCUGCAUGGGGCCCUAAAUCAAAUGGCUUAACCCCCCUCCACCUUGCUGCUGAGGGUGGCCACCUUGUGGUUAUGGAUGAAUUACUUGAGCGUGGUGCAAACAUUGAUGCUAGAACCUGGGGUGCUUGUGGCUGGACACCGCUUCAUGCUGCAGCCAAAGAAAGAAAGAAGGAAGCAGUCAAAUUUCUGGUAGAGAACGGGGCAUUUUUGCCAGAUGACAUCAAUGACACCAGAUUUAAUCCACCACUCCAUUACUGCGCUGGUCUUGAAUGGGCAUAUGACGAACUGAAGCGUCUUCAUGGAGAGAACUUAUCCUCAGGCGAGUCCUCGUACAGCUCCGAAAGCUAAAUGCCCUCCAAUUGUCGUAACUUCUCAGCGGUGUGUUUAGCUCGGCUAGACUUCAGUUCUUGUUUUGUGAUAUGUUUCCUGUCAGGGCCUUGGUUCUGCAUUUUCCGAAUGUGCUGCGCUUGUUUUAGUUGGUUUGGAUUAUAUGUCUGAAGAUGGUACGAUCAUAGAGCAAUAUGUUGAGUGCUUAUGGAGCUUUCUGUUUUGAUCACACGAAACUUUGGUUUGGAAAAUCUUUUAUUGUAAUAUAUGAAAAUGUGACGUGUGCUAUGGCAUAUAUUUAUGCCAGUAAAAA